AUGACUUCCCUCAUUAACUACACUUUUGAUAAGUGCAAAAAAGAGAACCGCCCUGCUUUGUUGACUUUUGUCACUGCCGGUUUCCCAACUAUCGCAGAUACCCCUGCCAUUCUUAAGGGCCUCCAAGACGGUGGCGCCGAUAUCAUCGAACUAGGAAUCCCCUUUACAGACCCAGUUGCCGAUGGCCCCACAAUCCAAUAUUCAAACAAUAUCGCUCUUGAUAAUAAGGUCACUACUGCUAAAACAAUUGAACUCGUCGUCGAGGCAAGAAAGGCCGGCGUCACUGUCCCUAUUAUCCUUAUGGGUUACUAUAACCCAGUCAUGCAAUACGGCGAUGAAAAACUCGUCAGAGACGCCAAGGCUGCCGGUGCAAACGGCUUUAUUCUCGUCGAUCUCCCCCCCGAGGAAGCUACCCAGUUUAGAGCAAUCUGCAUCGAACAAGGUCUUUCCUAUAUUCCUUUAGUUGCUCCUGCAACUACCAACGAACGUCUUGAACAGCUCAUCCCUAUCGCCGAUUCGUUUGUCUACGUGGCUUCGCGUAUGGGCACCACUGGUGCCAAGGGCUCCCUGGAUGCCUCUCUGCCCGAUCUUUUAAAGAGAGUUCGCAGCUACUCAAAGGAUACUCCUAUUGUUGUGGGCUUUGGUGUUUCUACAAAGGAACACGUUGAUGAGAUUGCUGAGUUUGCUCAGGGUGUUGUUGUUGGAUCCAAGAUCAUUUCUACUAUUGACGCUGAAAAAACUACAGAGACCCGUGCUGAAAGUGUCAAGGCAUUUGUUCAAUCUUUGAGUGGCGGCAGAGCCGUCAUUCCAAUUACUGCUGAAGAAUACGAAAAGGCUUCUAACACUCCUGUGGCCAAGUCUACAAUUAAUACCAUUGCUAGCCCAGUUUCCCAGUUUGGUGAGUUUGGUGGCCAAUAUGUUCCUGAAGCCAUGCACAAGUCUCUUGUUGAGCUUGAGAAGGGCUUUACUGAGGCCAUUAACUCUCCUGAAUUUUGGGAGGAAUUCCGAUCUUACUAUCCUUAUAUGAACCGUCCUUCGCAGCUUCACAAGCUCGACAGACUGAGUGAAUACGCAAAGGGUGCUGAGCUCUGGGUCAAGCGUGAAGACUUAAACCAUACUGGUUCGCAUAAGAUUAAUAAUGCUCUGGGUCAAGUUCUGAUUGCUCUGAGACUGGGCAAGAGAGAGAUUAUUGCCGAGACUGGUGCAGGCCAGCAUGGUGUUGCAACAGCUACAGUUGCAGCCAAGUUUGGUCUUAAGUGUACGAUUUUCAUGGGUGCUGAAGAUGUUCGUCGUCAGGCCCUGAAUGUUUUCCGUAUUAAGAUGCUUGGUGCCACUGUGGUGCCUGUUGAGUCUGGUUCGCGUACUCUGAGAGAUGCAGUCAAUGAGGCUCUGAGAUUCUGGGUGACCAACCUUGAGUCUACUCACUAUGUCAUUGGUUCAGCCAUUGGCCCUCACCCUUACCCACUUAUUGUCAAGACAUUCCAGAGUAUUAUUGGCAAGGAAGCCCGUGAGCAGUUUAUGAAGCUUAAUGAGGGCAAGCUUCCUGAUGCUGUUGUUGCAUGUGUUGGUGGUGGUUCCAACUGUGUUGGUAUGUUUACUGCGUUUAUUCCUGAUAAGGAGGUUCGUCUUCGUGGUGUUGAAGCUGGUGGUGAUGGUAUUGACACUGAGAAGCAUAGUGCUACAUUGUCUCGUGGUCGCAAGGGUGUUUUACAUGGUGUUAAAUCUUAUCUAUUACAAGAUGAAGAUGGUCAGGUUCAAGAAACACACUCGAUUUCUGCUGGUCUUGAUUAUCCUGGUGUUGGACCUGAGAUUUCAUACUGGAAGGAUUCUGGACGUGCUGAAUUUAUUGCUGCCAAUGAUGCUCAAGCUUUGCUUGGGUUUAAGCUAUUGACCCAAUUGGAAGGUAUUAUUCCAGCUCUUGAAUCUUCACAUGCAGUGUAUGGAGCCAUUGAGUUGGCCAAGACGUUGAAGCCUGAACAGAAGGUUCUUAUUUGCUUGUCUGGUCGUGGUGACAAGGAUGUGCAUACUGUUGCAGAGACUCUUCCUAAGCUCGGUCCGAUUAUCGGCUGGGAUCUUAGAUUUGAGGGCAAGCUUCAGUAA